AUGGUGACGACAUCAAAGCCUGCAAUGAUCACCGAGGCCAUUGAUCUAAGUGUGGCAUUGACUGAAGAGGCAAUCAAGUUGAACAAAUUUUCGAGCUCUGACCAGAAGAAGAAGGAGACUCACGUUGAGUCGUCAGGUGAGAACAAAAGAAAGUUCUCAAAUUUCAAGAAAGGUACCAGCAGUGCUAACAAGAAGAAGGAUGUGAACCCACCAGCCGAAGUCAAAACUGGUGUUGAAAACAAAGGAAAUGGAUAUAUGGGCACUCUGCCCAAAUGUGAUUUGUGCCAGUACCAUCAUGCCGGCCAGUGCAGGGUUAAGAAAUGUGAGUCUUGUGGAAAGAAUGGUCAUUCGAAGGAGACGUGUUGGGCUGGUAUUGGUCGUGGUAAUGGUGGUCAGAGAGGUAAUGGCAACGGGUAUGGAAACAUUAACCGUGGUGGAAAUGGGUAUGGAAACCGCACUCAAGGAGGAAGGGGCGGUAACGGAAACCGUGGUGGCAAUGGAAACCCAGCUGGUAAUGGAAACCGUGGAGCGAACAACAACCUGGGCGGGAAUGGAAAUGGAAAUGGUCGGGGACCAGGUUGCUUUAACUGUGGAGAUGUUGGGCACUUCAAGCGUGAUUGCCCGAGAUUCAACCAAGCUCAGGGAAGGGUUUUCAAUAUUAGAGCUAGGGAAGCUCGAUAG